UAUACACGUAGUACAAAUCUUAUUUCGCCCGUCUCUUAGCUGUGCAUCAAAGCCCUAAAUACAUCUCUGCUCAAAUCCACCAGAUUUCGAGGGGUUGUUAAUUCAUGUUUUGAUUGAAGAAGAAGAAGAAGAACGAAAGAGACAUUUUUUUUUGGAUGAGCAUUUCAAGUGGCUGCACCGGAGCAUUCUUGCAGAACUUCUGUUAGCAGCUAUAGUUGAUUAAUAUAGUUUCAGAUUAACACAUAAACAAAUGGAUCGACGUGAUACUUCAGGUUUUGUCAGUGGGGGUGCUAUGUAUUCGGCGUACGUUGACAGCUGACUGACCCUAGCAUAUCGUAGCUCUCAGAAAUACCUAACAUCCUAGAUCUUUAGCGUAGAAAGACCUUUUAUUUUGUAGAUAUUUUUUAUAUCCCGGAAGUUAGUUCAACCGUUCUUUUGCUAAUAAGGUUCGAUCAAAUCAAAAUAAGAGACUUGCGGAUAACUUGAAUGGAUUCCGGGUUGCACAAUACGGGUUUUACCACCGAUACCACAUUACGAUUGGAUUUUCCGGGUUUGUACAAUAGUUCAAUUCCCGCAUCAGUAGGUAUCAAACGGAAAUGGGGUUCGGUAAACGGGUCAAUGGAUGCACAAACCGGGUUUCUUUUUAGCCUCUGGCCAGGCCACUCUCCAAGCUCAUCCGAUAGCAAGGCGAGUUCGGCCACCGGGUGCAGCAACAUGUCUUCCGCUAAAGAAACCGAUGAAGAGUCAUCAAUGGAUCUCGAGUUGGACUUCAGUCUCAAUCUUGGCGGUGAGAAGACGCCUUUUAAAAAGAAAACGUCUGCCUGUAAACAACCGUCAAUCGUUGAUCUGGAAUUAAGUCUAUUUUCCAUGCCUGAUGAGUCUGACGUCACGACGGUUCCCCCUAGCCCGCCAACUGUCUGUUCUGACUUCAAUAUGACCGGCGGGUCAAUAUCGAUACCAACAAGUUCAGUCACAUGUUCAUCUGGGAUCACCGAGGCGCAUCAGCAGCAGAGAACCAGUAGUACGAAGACAUGCCAGUUUGUCGGGUGUGGAAAAGGAGCAAGAGGUGCUUCGGGUCUUUGCAUAGCGCAUGGUGGCGGUCGGAGAUGUCAAAAGCCCGGAUGCCAUAAAGGAGCCGAGGGCCGAACCGCUUACUGUAAAGCGCAUGGUGGUGGUCGAAGAUGCGAGUUCUUAGGGUGCACCAAGAGCUCAGAAGGACGGACCGAUUACUGUAUAGCUCACGGUGGUGGACGAAGGUGCAGUCACGACGGUUGCACGCGUGCCGCUAGAGGGAAAUCCGGGUUGUGCAUACGCCACGGCGGCGGUAAGCGAUGCCAGAAGGAGAAUUGCACGAAGAGCGCCGAAGGGCUUUCCGGUUUUUGCAUAUCUCAUGGCGGUGGCCGCCGGUGUCAGUUUCCGGCAUGCACGAAGGGUGCUCAGGGCAGCACCAUGUUCUGCAAGGCACAUGGUGGCGGGAAACGGUGUACGUUCGCAGGGUGUACCAAAGGUGCGGAAGGAAGUACGCCGUUUUGCAAAGGUCACGGUGGUGGAAAACGUUGUGCGUUUGAAGGCGGUGGUGUUUGCCCGACAAGCGUUCAUGGUGGAACCCUAUUCUGUGUGGCGCAUGGUGGCGGCAAGAGAUGUGUGGUCCCCGAUUGCACAAGAAGUGCGAGGGGGCGCACCGACUGUUGUGUCCGCCAUGGUGGCGGUAAGAGAUGCCAGUUUGGCGGGUGUGGGAAAAGCGCACAGGGUAGCACGGACUUCUGCAAGGCCCAUGGUGGUGGAAAAAGAUGCUCAUGGGGACGAGCUGGUUCGGAAUACGGUGUUAAUGACGGCGUUUGUAAUGCAUUUGCCAGGGGGAAAACCGGUUUAUGCGUCUCUCAUGGGGCUUUGGUUCAGGAUAAUCGGGUCCAUGGUGGUGCCACCUUGGGAACUCUCGUUCAUGAGACCGCACCCACCCAUCCUCAAAACUUGAAUGAAAUGUUCUCCCCUCCACAGGUGGCACUCGAUGCUACACAACCCGGGUGUGUUGCUUCAAGUUUUAGACCUAACAACAGGAAUCCGGUGGCUGGACCACGGUUGUCGACAGGGGCAGAAGGGAGGGUCCAUGGUGGGAGUUUGAUUCAUUUGCUUGGUGGCUCGUAAAAUUCAUGAAAAGUUUUAUCGCAGUGCGUCAAAAUUUGUUUGGUUUGUUUUCAAAAUUUGUUUAAGCAAAAGAAUGUGUGUGAUUGCUUUGGGCGUACGAAUAAGCGAAUAUCUUUUGUAUAUAUGGCAAUUGCACCUUGUUGUUAGUGAAUACUUUUUUUUUC